AUGGAGAAUCAGACAGAGGUCACUCAUUUCAUACUGAGGGGCCUAACAGAUCGACAUGACACCCAGAAAUUCUUGUUUGCUGUCUUCUUGGUCCUCUAUCUAGCAAGUCUGCUAGGAAAUGGUGCUAUUGUAUGUGUGGUGGUGACAGAGAGCCGACUUCACACACCCAUGUAUUUCUUCCUCAGUAACUUGUCUUGCUUGGACAUUUGCUAUUCAACAGUUAUCAUUCCUAAGAUGCUUGAUGGCUUCCUCUUGGCUCACCGAAGAAUCUCCUUUAUUGGAUGUAUUGCCCAGCUCCAUUUCUUUCAUUUCCUGGGCAGUAGUGAGGCUCUUCUUCUGGCAGCUAUGGCAUAUGACCGAUACGUGGCCAUAUGCAACCCACUGCACUACCCAGUUAUAAUGUGCCGAAGAGCAUGUCUUCUAUUGGCGGCAGCCACAUGGACCAUGGGAUUCUUCCAUGCCCUGAUGCACUCCAUCAUGACCUCCCGACUGUACUUCUGUGGCCCCAAUAUUAUUGAUCAUUUCUUUUGUGACAUCAAGCCGCUCCUGAGACUGGCCUGCAGUAGCACAAUGCUGAACCUUAUCCUCCUCAAUGUUGUCACUGGCUCCAUUGUCCUGAUCCCAUUUAUCUUAACUCUUCUCUCUUACCUUUAUAUCAUCUCCUUCCUGUUCUUGAAGGUCCAGUCACAUAAUGGGAGAUGGAAAGCCUUCUCCACCUGCAGCUCCCAUCUCACAGUUGUAGGGCUGCUUUAUGUGCCAGUGCUGUUCAACUACCUACCUCCAUCUUCAGGAAGCUCACCACGAAGAGACAUGGUCGCCACCCUCAUGUACAGUGUAGUUACCUCUUUUUUGAACCCCGUGAUAUACACCCUCAGGAAUCAGGAAAUGAAAACAGCCCUGAGGAAAAGCUUGGGUGGGCUACUGAAUUCUGUACAGAUGUGA